AUGCUAUACUCCAACAGAAAACCAAAAUCAACUAGAUUGACCUCUGAUGGUUCAAUUGAAUGUGAUUUGACCGGUUUCCAAAUCUUAAACUCCCCUCUAUUCAACAAAGGUACUGCCUUCUCUCUCGAAGAAAGAGCUGCUUUCGGUUUACAAGGUCUUCUACCUCCUGUUGUCAACACUCUUGAUGAACAAGUUGAAAGAGCUUACAAACAAUUAUCUGUCUUGAGAACUCCCUUGGGCAAAAAUGACUUCUGUACCUCCAUGAGACAACAAAAUAAAAUCCUAUUCUACGAAUUGGUCAGAAGACAUAUCAGAGAAUUACUUCCAAUCAUCUAUACUCCAACUGAAGGUGAUGCCAUUGCUGCCUUUUCCCAUCGUUUCAGAAAACCAGAAGGUUGUUUCUUGGAUAUCACUGACCCGGAAAGUGUCGAGACAAGAUUAGCUGCUUUCGGUAAAUCAAAGGAUGUUGACUACAUCGUUGUCUCAGAUGGUGAAGGUAUCUUGGGUAUCGGUGAUCAGGGUGUCGGUGGUAUCAGAAUCUCUAUCUCGAAAUUGUCUCUUAUGACCUUAUGUGGUGGUAUCCAUCCAGGUAGAGUUAUCCCAGUCUGUUUAGAUGUUGGUACGAACAACAAAACUUUAUCCGAUGACGAGCUAUACAUGGGUAACAGAUUCCCCAGAGUUAGAGGUGAAGCCUAUGACGCCUUCUGCGAUCGUUUUAUUGAAGUCGUUAAAAAAAGAUUCCCCAACGCUGUUGUCCAUUUUGAAGACUUUGGUGUUCUUAAUGCCAGAAACUUAUUGAAAAGAUAUAGAAACAGAAUCUCCUGUUUCAACGAUGAUAUCCAAGGUACAGGUGCCGUUGUUAUGUCCUCCAUUAUCGCUGGUUUGAACUUCACAAACAGAGAACUACUAGACUCCAAAAUCGUUGUCUACGGUUCAGGUUCCGCUGGUUUAGGUAUUGCUGAUCAAAUCGUCUCUCAUAUGGUUACUCAUGGUGCUACUGUCCAAGAAGCCAGAGAUAAGAUCCACUGUAUGGAUCGUUUUGGUUUAAUUGUCAAAUCAAUGAAGGAAACUGGCUUGGCCAGCGAGGACCAACUACUAUACGCCGAUGAUGAUAAAGACUGGGAAAACGUCAACAUCAAAUCCUUAAGAGAAGUUGUCGAACACGUCAAACCAACCAUCUUGAUUGGUUGUUCAACUCAAGCUGGUGCUUUUACUGAAGAAGUCGUCAAAACCAUGUACAAAUAUAACCCAAGACCAAUUAUCUUCCCAUUAUCAAACCCAACUAGAUUACAUGAAGCUGUUCCAAAAGACUUGAUGGAAUGGACUGAUUGCAACGCUUUAGUCGCCACUGGCUCUCCCUUCAAGCCAUACAAGGGUUACGUCUCAUCUGAAAAUAACAACUGUUUCUCAUUCCCAGGUAUUGGUUUGGGUGCUGUUUUAUCCAGAUCAACAACCAUCAGUGAUGAAAUGAUCAGUGCUGCUGUCGACGAAUUAGCCAAAAUGUCUCCAAAGGUUAGUAAUCCAAAAGCUGGUUUACUACCUCCAGUCGAAGAAAUCACUGUUGCCUCAUCAAGAAUCGCCACAGCUGUUAUAUUAAAGGCUCUUGAACAAGGUUUAGCUAGAAUUGAAAACGAAUUCCAACCAGGUACAAGAAAAUCUAGAAAAGUUGUUGUUCCAAGAGACUUUGAUGAAUGUCAUGAAUGGGUCAAAGCACAAAUGUGGAAACCAGAAUACAGACCAUACAUUAAAGUUGAGCAUCAACAAGAUAUUCACACUCAUCAAUAUUAG